AUCUGCGUAAAGAACCGUUGAACGCUACCCUAUCAUCGGAAUUCUGGGCACCCCUUUUCGCAUGUUACGGGAUAUUAAUUUGGCUGGAUUAUAUAUCACCCUUCUGCAGCAGUAGCGCAGCCGUUGCCGCUGCAUACGAUUGUCACCGCAUUUCUUGGACUUGCCUGCCUCGAUCACCCUUGUCACCACACUGGAGGGCUCAGCUUCAGCCCCAGACGUCCGCUUCUACUCGGCAGCUCUACAUUUAGGAUGCUAUUGACCGCUUCAACUUCGCAUGCAUGCUAUAAACCAGAGGACAUAUCUUCCUCGGCACUCACACUAGUUUCUUCGAGUCUAUCAUUCUGGCAGGACGAGCACAACCUUGCGAAAGAGGAGGAUCGAAUGGCACACAAUCACCAAUUCACUCGACCACAAAGCACCGGCCGACCCAGCGAAAACGAACUAUGGUUCUCCAUGCCUAGUGAAGCAAGGAGCGUCCGAGAACGAUCAAGAUCACGAUCACGAAGUCCGGAACCUACUGCCUUUCAAGCUACAGCGAGCCGGAACAGCGCAUAUAGAUCGGCUGCUCCGGGUCAGUACUCCUCAGUACCGUCGAUCUCGACUACAGAAGAUGGCUUGAAUAAACCGUUACCACCUUCUCCUGAGUCCGAAAAGAAAAAGCGAAAGCCUUCGGCUUUACGCAAUCUCAUACGGCGCCAUCCUUCAGACCAUCUCUCCGAUUCCUCACAUCUCCAGCCACUGCCUUACCAGCAUCAGCGCUCCUCUUCUGCCACGGGACAUUUGAGCCCAGAACCGUUGUAUCAGCCAGUCUAUCAGUCUCGCAGCAUGCCCAAUUCUCCCGCUGCAUUCUCGCAGGACCCACCAACACCUGUGUCAUUUGCCCGUGCUCAUUCCGCCGCAGCAGAUUAUAGCACUCCGAGCUUGUAUGUGCCUUUUUCUCCUCAGCAGCAGCAGCAGCAGCCACGAGCGGUAUCAAUGAGCACCUACUUCGAACCACAACCUCCCCAGUCUCGCCGCACUUUCCCUGAAACGGGAUCUCCUUCCGUAACAAGUCCUCGCGAUUCGUAUUCCACUCGACCACGGCCGCAUACAUGGCUGUCGACCAGAGACCAGAACGAGCCGUUCAAUGACGACACCGACUUUCACUUGUUCGUCGAAGCUACGUCUGGAUUCCAAGACGGCAGUACAGACGAUAACUCGACCACCAGUCCUCAGAUUCGGGAAUCCCUCUUCGGACGAGGACGCCAGAAUGACCGCAUCCCUAUCCCGUUCCAGCAUUCCAUUGCGUCUGCAGCUCGAGAACCAGUCACGAGACCAGAAUAUACCGAAUUUGAGCCUGUGCAUGUUUCAAGCUCAGCGUUGCCUCGUCCAGAUUCGUAUUACUCUCCCCUGCCAUCGCCCGGUAUUAACGUCAUCAACAUGGAGUUAGAGAGGUUAGGGAUCAGCGAUGACGGUGAACCUGACGAGGAGCUACCCAAUUAUGCACAAAGCCAGGCGGAAAUGGCUUCAAAGAGGAGGAAGGAGGCCACAGAACGAGCACGAGAGCUGGAGGCGAGGUGGAAUCGCUCUCGUAGCUGGAGAAGCCGAUGAAACCGCCAGGAGCGAACACAAACAUGUCUUGUUCUGGAAGGGGAGGAUCAGGUGGGCCCGGUUCAUUUCGCUUCAUUAGCCUU